AUGAGUGAAUCCGCAAAUGAUUAUUUAAAACGAUUUUUGUCCGACGUGGAUGGUGUAGUGGGUCUGUACGUGUCCGAUAAAGACGGUGUGAUUAUUGCAAGCGGUAAGUGUUUGGAUCAAAUUCUCAUCUACUUUGUAUGUGCAGCCUCAACCGAGGAAAUGCCAGAUCAGGCUAUGUCCCCCUGCUUGGUUUCUGCGUUCAUCAGCUCCCUGGAACAAGCAACCAAGCUGGGUAUGGGUGCUGUGAAUUGGAUGGUUACUCGGUUUCAAGACAUGGUGAUUUGCCAGUUCAGUUUCUCAAGCAGCAAAACCCCGCUCCCAAUCUUCUUGACUGUGGUUGGAACGCCAGAUUGCGAUUUAGGUUCCAUUAUCGCUUUGGAACCCUCCGUUCGACCGCUUUUGGCUCGUCUCGCACCGCAAGCGGCCUCUCGAUUACAAAGCGAAGCAAUGAUCAAUCAAAGUUCCGGCGGGCAGUAUUUUCGCGUAUAA